UCACUCACUCAAAUUCACCUUCCAGUCUAAAUUGUUGUUAACUAAUUCACCGUUGCUCCCUUGAUUCUUGUUCAUACAAUUUAACUAUUCGGUGGCAUUUACACUUGGAAACCUUUACCUGUAACAUCAAUUUCUGUCUCCACGUUUUUUCACCUUCCAAAUAUAAACCAAUUUACUAAUUGUUAAUUAACCAUAUUCAUCUUAAUUGUCAAUCUUUAAUAGUAAAAUGUAUCCCGUUGUUUAAUCAUCUUCAUUAACUGUUAUUGUUGAUAUAAUAACUUUUUAAAACUUUUCUGUUGUUAUUAAAUUGUUUUUGUUGUUUACUUUUAAUUUAGUUUUCCACUAAUCAAUUGAUUUAAAUUGUUUGUUACAUUCAUUUACUACAAUUAAUUGUAAAGUUUAAUCAUCACAAUAUCAUCAUCAUCAUGUUGGCGAUCAUUAAUUAAUCAACAUUCGUAUUUUUUGACUCUUUUUUGUUUGGAAAUUUAAAUUUUCUUCUCAAUUAACUUUCCAAUGGUUCUAAUUAAUUGCUCGGAUUAUCCUUUUUGUAACAAUUAACUUGUUAACUACGAUUGUUAAAUUGUUGCUCACUUCAUAUAAUCAAGAAAGACAAAAGAAAUCAAAAUUUCUAGGUAAACAAUCAACACUUAAUAUCAAUGGUAAUUAAAAUGUUGAGAAAACAAUUUAAACCAAUUGGCCAAUCUAUGGAUCUAAUCAAUGUCGCCAUUUUUACAAUAUUUUCAUCAUAUUGUUUACAAUUAACAAAAGGACAAUGUCCAUCAGGAACAACAGUUUCUUUUGAAAAGAUGACCAAUGUUGACGUGAGAGGAGUGACAAUGGUUCCACUUUAUACUGGACAAGGUGAGACCCCGGUUUCGGCUGAAUGUAACAAUCGUUGUCGAGCUGGUCCAAAUUGUCGGGCAUUCGUCUUAAAUUGAAAACACGCUUGUCUCGGGAUGGGCUAUGAUUCCAAUUCCAGGUCAUCAUCGAUAAUUGCAACAACCGAGAAAACUUCACUUUUCGAGAAGAUUUGUCUCUCUGUACCUGCUUGCGAAAAAGCCUGGACCUUUGAACGGGUGAUUGGCCGUCAAAUAUUGGGCUAUGAUAAUCGUCUAUUGUCCAAUAUACCAAAUCGACUCAAAUGCCAAGAGAUUUGCCUUAAGGAAAGGUCAUUUGUUUGCCGUUCAGGAGAGUACGAUUAUCUUACCCAAGAGUGUAAACUAUCAUCGGAGGACAGGAGGACUCAGCCCACUCAUUACACCGUCGCACCUCCUUCCGUUGAUUACUUUGAAAAUGAAUGUUCACCUUUACCUUUGGUCAAAGAGGACGAAUCUGGCCUUCCAGGUAUACCCAAUAGUCCCUCCGAGUGUGGGUACCAAAGAUAUGAGAAUCUUGACCUCAGUCGCCCUGACCUUUUAAAAUCAGCUUUUAGCGAGGAACAGUGUAAAACCUUGUGCGAAGCUACAAGAGCCUUCGUUUGCAGGUCAUUUUCUUACAAAGCGGCUUCGAAUUUGUGUCACUUGAACUCCGAUGAUUCGUAUAGUAGUGGAGGUAAAGAGGCUUUAAUUGCUUCUCCUGGGGUUGUUUACUUUGAACGAGCUAAUUGUUUAAACCUUAAACUUGAUUGUACUCCUGAAGAAAUGAGAAUCUCAUUGAACACCUAUGAACCUUUCGUUGGUAAAAUUUACGCUAAAGAUGAUCCAUUGGCCUGCGAAUCUUUUGGUACUCGACAAAGGUCAACAUCGUUAACGUUACCACUUAGAACUUAUGCUAAAUGUGGAGUUCGAGAAGAGAAUGAUGGUAAAUAUUCAACUGUGGUUAUAAUUCAAUAUCAUCCAGUGAUUCAACGUAAAGGCGAUCGAGUGGUUCGUUUGGUCUGUAACUUUGAAGCACCAACUAAAUUAGUAACCAAUUCCUACAGGGUCAUCCCAGCACUCGAUGUCGCUGGAACUGCAGUGGUCAAUGCAACGGCUCCAACGCCUAACAUUAAAUUACGAAUAACGGACAAAGAUGGUCAAGAUGUGGCCGGCGCUCGACUUGGCGAAGAGCUUUAUCUCCGAAUUGAUAUGGAAGAUGAUUCAGUUUUUGAUAUUUUCGCACGUGAAUUAAUUGCUAGAAGUGGAAACGCCGAGGAGGCCAUUACUCUUAUCGAUAGCAACGGAUGUCCAACUGAUACUGCUAUUUUCCCAAACAUGGAAAAGGUUCCUGGAAGUAAAUCGUUACAGGGUAAAUUUGAUGCUUUCAAAUUUGCCGAUGAUGAGAUUGUCCGAUUCCAGGUUAAUGUUCACUUUUGUUUACAAAAAUGUCCACCGCCAACUUGUUAUGAUGCUGCUUCAAGUGAAGAGAUUUCUACAUCAGCUGAUACUCCCGCUGACCAAUCGCCAAUAGCUUAUUCCAAUUCUCGAACUCGAAGGCGAAGAGAAACAAUUGAUAAAUAUUCCGCUCGAGGUAAAAGUGUCAACUCGAAAGAUGAACCUUCUCCAUUGCCAGAUUAUCCAUUGCAUCGAGAGCUUAAAGUUCAAGGAUUAUCUUCAUCCAAACAAUCAAACGACGGACUUGCAAAGAAAAUUGCUGAAAACUCUGCGUUAUUUUGUACUUCAAAAACGACACUAAUGGCGACUUUAGUGGCCUCAAUGAUCUUCCAAGCGUCUUUAUUGGCUCUAUGUUGUUCUUGUAUCUUUUUCUAUCGAUUCAAGGUACCAAAAAUUAACCGAAUUAAUUCACCUUCCGAUUGUGAUCCUUGUAAAAAUUAUUCUCGAGACCUUUGGUCAUCAUUUAGUUCCAUUGAGUAA